GAUAUAUCUCAAAAUGGAACUAUAAUGGGAAAUUUAAUGGAUCAACCUCUCGUCAAUGAGUUCGUGUGUUGCAUUCCAAUUAUAUUUGAUUAUGCAUCGACGCCGAGCAAAGAAUUAUAAAUCGUGGAGCGUGGAGCCGCCUCGUCCGCUACACGUUGAAUGGAAGUGUUUUUUUUUCGUGUUCUGAACCCACGAGCCCACGACGAACAAAAUAAAAAAAAUAAAUCGAAAAAAAAUUAAAACACGUAGACGCGUUCAGGGGGUCGUUGUUUGUACUAAAAAUGGAAAAUAUGUACCAUUUAAUGGUAGUGUUUUAGCGUUUGUAGCACAAUAAAUAUAGCGAACUCCUUGAACGCGUCGUGAACGCGUCUGAUAGCGAACAUGUGUCGGUAAAAUUUUUAUCGCUGUUUCUCCCGCAUAUUUUGGUGUCUGGUCCUCGCUCGUCGGAGUGUUUUUUCAUGUUUAUGGUACCCUCCAGGUAUUCAGAAUCACCAUGACCGAGGACAUUCCGGCACGCUUCAAGCGCAUGGGUGCUAGAUUUUUCAAAAAUCCGCCGCAACCUUACAUGUGCAUAAGAGAUACAUUGGUGGGCUCGACGGAUCCGUGUUACGUGAAUGUACUCUCUUGGGACAAAGUGGCAUUCAGCGUUUCUGCCAAUAAUGUAUCGCUGUACGGCGGCAUGAAAUUGUGCCCAUCGAGAAUAGAGAAAAAAGAUGUUCCUGUUUUUGCAGUGAUGGCGCAUCCCGAAGUACUCAAGCAGCAUGGCAAAAAUACGCAUAAUCCAAUGGAACGAACAUGGUUGAUCGAUGUACUUCUGGACUUUGUUGAGGCCAUGAACAAGGGUAUUGUGUUCAGUCGGUGUUAUCGAGUAUUAGUGGAUCGUGAUAUAACCGGAGAACUGAAAGAGAUAUGGAUGGCGGUGCAAGCGGAUAGAGCCAAAAAUCAGCAGGGAACGAGCAGCGAUGGUACUAGAACAAUCGUACCGCAGUAUUCUCUGUAUCAAACACAGGACCAAGCGCAACAACAUUUAUUAUUGCCUCGACAACAGUAUCAGCAAGGGCAAAAACAUCCUCAAGAAAAACAACCGACCCAACCGCUUAGAAUAUAUUCAGGCCCUCAUUGGAAUGACAAUAAUCAUCAAAUCAUCGUCGAUGACCAGAGAUCGAAUUUUCGUUAUGGACCGCAAUUUCAGAAUCGUCCAAGAGUCGUGCCCCAUUCAACGCCAAAUAAAUAUCCUCCCGGUCUAUUGCAAAAUAAUUACUACGAAUCUAAUGGACGCGUCGUUCCACUGAAUACUCAUAUUCAACAGCAACAACAACCACGGCAGCAGGCAUAUGGUCAUGAAGAGCACACACGCCAGACGCCUCAGUAUUUCGUGGCUCCGUCCACUUAUUAUCAUCCGGACACGAACAAUGCUUUACGCUCCGCUACCUGGAAAAUGGUCGAUGGAAGAUAUUUAUUCAGUAACAAAUAGAUGUUUCUGUGUACAGGCCAAUGUCUGUAUUCAUCAAAAGAAGUGGCCCUCUUAUUUUUCGGACAUCUGAGAACUCGUCUAUUGAUUGAAAAAGUGCACGUGCUCAUAGAUUUACGAACAAAAAUUGUGAUAAUUUAGGUAAAGAAACGAAAAGACGGUUGUGAGCGAUAAGUGUGCUACUGAAGUGUGAGAAUACGCAUUUACAAACUUUUUCGUCAUUUGGUCAUCUGAAAUGCUGUACCGCUGCGAAGUUGCCCUUAUAUCGGCAAUAACUUAUCCGAUUUCAUUUCACAAACUCAUGCUAUUCUAUGACAUGGCUUCAAAAUUAUCGCAUCGAAGCUUACGUCGUUAGCAUGACCUUGUUUAAUUUAUUUUUUUUAAAUUGCGCCUAAUCUCGUCAUAGAUUAAAGCUGCAAGCAGCUUGGGUCUCUAAAGUCGUUGCAGAGAUUUAAUUUAAUAGAAAACUGCUCAUAUUUUAAGUUACAGCUUCCAACGAUGCAAAGCGAAAUUGCAUCAUUUUUUUCAUAGGUAGGACAAAAAUGAUCGCUCUGCGUUCCAGCUCUUAACGACCUCGCAUUUGCAGAAUGCAACGAAAAAAAAUUGCGCCAUAUUCGAGGAGAACAAAACUCCGACUAUUUCACUGAGGGAAUUUACGUUGCAUCCUUACGAUCCAAACGCUAUUGAGCUUUAUUAAUUUUAUUAUAUUUUAUCAAUUCAAUUUUCCGGGGCUCUCGCACCUAAUUGGAAACUCCUUGAAAUUAAAAAAAAAAAAACGAGGAGAGGCGAACUCGAGGACAAGAAUUGCGCGUAUUUUACUGUAUGCGUGUUUGUACAAUUGCAAGGGAAUCGGGGAAGACGAACGACGAAACAAAAAGCUUAUCCGAGCGUGCAGUCGGGCUGUGAAAACGAUUACGAAACUCCGUACACUUGAAAAGCGAAAAGUGCGGGGAGAAAUUUUCGAGAGGCUGUAGCUAAACGAUAACUGUAAAAUUCAUUUAUAGUUUCUUUCGUUUUCGAACGACUUUUUCUCCCCAAAGGAGAAGCAAGAGAAGAGAGAAAAUCGAAGAUUCAACGACUUGUUUGUUACUUCAGACACAGUUGGGAAAUGUUCAUUUUUUAAAACAAUUGUACUAAGGUGUUGAUACGCAUUUUUUAUUUUUUGUUCGACAGGAUUGAAAAAUCGGCGUAGCGAAUUGUAAAUCUUGUUGAACCGUUGAAAAUUUUUUGUUAUCCUUCGAAAAAAUAUUUCAUCUUCCUUGCCAAAUAUUAUUUUGCGUUUGGCGAAUGUUUGUAUGCGAUUGAAAUUUAUUGUUCGUGUGCGAAUGGGAGAAAAAAAAUCGUGGGAUCCGAACUUUUUAUAUUAUCGAACUUCCCAAGACCGCUUUUUAUGUUUGAGGUUUAUUUGCUUCUAUCUUGCUGCAGUGUUGGCGCAGAGAAUUUGAAACGAACGAAAGAGUACGCCGGUCUACUUUAAAUAGAUUUUAAUAAAAUUUCAUACCCAAGUC